AUGCCUUUGAAUCAGAUAAGUUCUGAUGGUUUUUUGAGUGAGGCUGAGAAAAAGAAGGUCGACCAAGAGGGAAUGGAUGUUCGAUUCAUUGAGCCGAGCAUGGAAGAAAACAGACUAAUACUGAGAAAGUGGUGCUAUAAGAAGACGAAGAACAUGUCUGUCUUUUCCUAUGUGUUUAACAAAAACUGGUUCGGUGUCGUAGAGAAAAAUGGACUCAAAGUGGGCGACAUUGUUCAAGUGUGGGCUUUUAGAGACAAGGACGGAAACCCUUAUUUCGCCAUGGUCAAUCUCGGCGAGGAUGCUACUGACUGA